UAUCUGGGGUUGUCCUUGGAUAAAACACAAAUACUGCAAUAGGUGGUCAGAUACUUGUAUUGAGACCUUAUUUAAGGAGACUGUUAAAUUGAAGUUGCGUCAUGUCAUCUGUAUCGUUUGGCGUAAAAACCUGAUCGCUGUAUUUUCCAGACUCCUUACACUUAAAAGGAAAAACCUGACCGAUCAUAACUAUUGUACUGUUUCUUAUUAUUACACUUAGCACUAAAGCCGAUGAUGACGGGUUUUUACACGCACACACUUUAAAACACUGGUGGAAAACCUACUAAUAUUGAGAAACAAAUACAUAUUCGGAGAACCACUGCCCAUCACGAGCGGUGAGUAACCAGUAAGGAGUCACAGUAAGGAGUCACAACGCCCGGAAUCAAGUGUUGUGUCUGUAAUGUAGUGUCUGCCCACUCACGCGCACACACGUCGAGGUGGUGUCUGUCAGGAUAACCAGGCAAAUCAUGUCGCUAGGAAUAAACCAAAACAUGGAUUUGAAGAAACGGCCUUGGGUGACGAUAGUGGUACUUUCUCUCUUCUGUGUGUCAUCACAGUUUGCUAGCGUGGUUAUGGUACCCUGUGACGUAAGAAAGGCAGAGACAUGCGCACUUGACCUGCAGGCAUUAAGUGAUGAAGUGAUAUCAUCAACCAUCAUAACUGCAAAAACGGAGGAGCUGUGUAGGACAUCACUAUUGAACAACAGUCACAUCGAAUGUUACCGUGCCAACACGGAGCAGUGUGGAGUAAAUAAGUAUGAAUACCUCCGAAUUCAGUGGAAGGAAACUCGGACGGACGUGGACAACGCCUGCACUGGAGCUUGCCUCCUUUACCAGACGUUUCCCUCCUGUACACAGAUGGUUGCAACAAACGUCAUCACACAAAAUACAAAACAAUAUGAGAAUUUCUGCAGCACGUUCAAAGAUAGUCUACGGUGCGCUGAUACAGUGCUACAGACCUGUCAGUUCGAGCAACCAUUUUACCUGUCCCUUUUGGAACCGGAUAUUGUGUUGGCUUGGCAACAGUUCUGUAAAACCGGUUGUUUGAGGCUGGACAACACGGUCACUGCAAUAGAGUCGUGUCUUCCUCACAUUGAAGAUACCACAGAUCCCUCGAGCCAGUGUCGAUCUCACUGGGAGUUCAAACUCUGUCUACAGACGCAUUCCGUUUGUCCGGAGUUUAUGGAACUUCUCAAAAUUUACAAGUCGACCUAUAGCUACGAUAUGGUGGAUGUACAAUGUACUACCACCACUACAACAACAACAACAACAACGACGACACCACCGACAACAACAACGACCACGCCUACAACUACAACAACGCCCACAACUACAACUACAACAACACCCACAACUACAACGACCACGCCCACAACUACAACGACCACGCCCACUACUACAACGACAACGCCUACAACAACACCGACAACUACCACACAAGCUCUGCCCGCUAUACACAUAGAAUCAUGCAGUGCGGACAGUUUGUGGAAGCUUUCAUCCAUGGACGAGAAGAAUUUUGCACCGGAAGUCCUCGUAGAUGCAAUAACGACGGCGACCUGUCUGUGUAACACCAUUUCCGAGAUGUGUAAACUAUUUCGUGUGAUGCACAACAUGCCUAAAUCAAUUCACACGUUUUGCACAUCCUCGGAUGUAAGGACAUGUGCACGUGCUGGACUGAGUAACACCGGGCUGAACCAGACUGCACAACUUGUGGAGAGUCAGUGUAGUAAGCGGAACGUGCUGCACGUGGACCAGGAUGACGAGAACGCGGGGUGUACAGGACAUAACUACGGUAUCAUGCCAUGUAACACAGGGAACAAGGCCAGAGUGUUUCCAGUUGUCAUGGUGACUUUGCUGUGUGUUAUACAUAUGUUUGUAUGAGUUUGUAGUAGGUACAGAUCUCGAGUUAUACGUAGUGCAUUCCAUACAUAGAUUUGGGUCACACUGAGUGACGUAUCAACACAUGACAUGUUAAAGACCAAGUAGAAGAUCAGCGGAAACAGGACUCAUCUUAACUGUUAAUCACCGUUAUCUAAAUACAUAAGGACGGGAAGUGUGCAAUGACUAGAUGGUGCAUCUCGUACAGUAAAUAUAUUUUAAUCCAAUGUCAUGCACCAUAUCAGUGGUAACGUUAAGCCGGAAAAUAUGCACUUAUGAUAAACAAGGAACCAAAUCAUUGUCAUUUUGUUUCAAUACGUGUUUUAAUACUACGACGGUAUGGCCUCCUUGUAGGAAGUAUCAAUUUUUCUGCUGGGAUAUGUUGUCAUCUAUAAUUUGAUAAUAGCAAAAAUGUCACUGUUUUUCCAUAGAUUAUUUACCAAAACACUUACUUAAUAUCCUAUUGUUUAUUAUAAAGUCACGCCAAAAUUGCCUGAAAUCAUAUUUCACUUGUAUCACAUGACAUGUAGAUUAGUUAUUACACACAUUCCAUCUUCUAUACUAUUAAGUGCAUAGAAAAGAUACUGAAUCAAUGUUACAUGUAGUACGAUAGAGAAUCAGGGGAGGGAACUACUGGUGUUAAUGUGGGAACUACUGGUGUUAGUGAGGAACUACUGGUGUUAGUGUGGGAACUACUGGUGUUAGUGUGGGAACUAUUGGUGUUAAUGUAUCUAUUUCAAAUUUAUUGAAACCAGAUGAUGCGUGGUGUUGCUAAAAUAAGUAUUGUGUUUUCACUGUUUAAACACGUGGCCUAGAACCUUAUUAGGAGUUAUUGUUUGGUUAUAUCUUGAUUUAAGUGUAUAUUUCUAUUCUAUAUAUGAAAUAUUUGCUGUUUUCAGAAAUUAAAUUAAAUGCUUGCUUUUAUGUCAUGUAAGUAUUGAAGUAUUGAAAGAAAAUAAAUCCAUACAUGUAAAAUGUAUGACACUGUGUGACGUCGGUGUGUUGUUACAUGCCAACUGAUGCUAUGCAUAUCGCUAUCAAUGUUUGUAAUUAUUUUUGGUAUUAUGAAUCAGGAUAUGUACAUUUUUUGUAAGUAAAAUUCUUGGUCUAACGAUUGACGCGUCAAGCUUCUGAUACCAUCUAAGCAAACCUUGUCUUAAAUCCACCCAAUCGAACUGUUAUUUGUCCUUCGGUUUUUUUGAAGCCUUGAAGAUUAUUUUUUAUGAGAUAUUUCGGAUUAUAGAAGAAUAUAAUAUUUAUACAUAAGCUGCUUUUUUCAAAACUAAUAUGAAUGAUUGUAUUGUUAAUGCAUAUGUAUAUAUAGUUUGAGAAUCAUUUUGAACAAUACCGAUGUAGUUAUAAGAAUAUUUUCGUUUUCAUGAAAUAACUUGUUAUUUUUUACUUUUAAUGUUAAUAAAUCAGUAGUUAAAGUCGGUGUGUUAAAGUCUAAUAAUCAUUUUUUUCUCGUUAACGAGCUGGUUACAUCUAGUUUUUUCUUCAGGUUUUUUUCUAUAAUCCAGUUUAAAACCAUCUCAUCAUCAGGGAAUUCUGUCGCCAGCAGGCCAGCAAAUGGCCAUACUGCAUACUUAUAACCCGCUGUUAAAAACAAUAUCCAUAACCUCAUCGUUUGUUGGUAUCUCACGUGGUUAUAUUUGUGUCAUUAUUUUGAGGCGUCGCUAUCGGACGCAUUGCUUUGUUUCGCUGAUGGACGGUUUUUCUUUGGUUUUCUUACAAGACAAAACAUAUAGGACAUUGUUCAUAAGUUCAUGAUUGCUUAGUACAUGAUUGUUCAUACAUGUUAAACAAGGGUGUCUAUACAGUUGUAAAUGGACUGGUUUGGUUUAGUUUGGUUUAGUAUUGUUUAACAUCCUAUCAAAAGCUAUUGUCGGGGCUUUCAUGACGUUUUAUAGUGGUAUGCAAACAAAAAUUUCAUAAAGCGAUUGUGAGGAUUUGGUAUGAAACACGGUAACAAAUACGCAUUCAUAAAUAACAGCAACAACAAAAAUAAAUCCUAUUGAUGUAACGGCCUCAAAGCGAAAACCGUGCUAGUUAAAACGAAAUGAGUUUAAGUAAUAGAAACAGUAAGCUAAACAUGAAUUACACCAAAAUGUUGGAAAUCCAAAUUUCUCAAAUUAUAAGUACUGUUGCAAAAGAGGGACAAGGGGGUAAAACUCCUUUAUUAUGAAUUAAAAACAUGAGGAGUACUGUUUAACUUCAGUUUAAAUGGUCCGUAAAGUGUUUAUAUUAUGUUUAAUUUCAGUUUAAAUGGUCUGUAAAGUGUUAUAUUAUGUACCCUACCACUACUGAAAAGAGAUAUCUGUGGCCAUCAAGGUUACAGCAAACCUCGGGGGCUAGGUAAUCCACCAGCAGAGUCUACCACCCGGUAUCGUGAAAG